AUGGCCGCCUCCGCUAGCCCCAAUCGUGGCAUUACAGUGUUCUCUGGCGGGAGUGCUGCGAAUAAUCUAGUGGAUGUUUUCAGCGCCCUCAGAGAAUCUAAAAAUUGCCCUUUGAGCUAUAUUAUCCCGAUCAGCGAUAAUGGUGGCUCCUCGUCCGAGCUUAUAAGAUUUUUUGGUGGUCCAGGAAUUGGUGAUGUUAGAAAUUCUCCGACUGAUCCAGAGCGAGCUGGAAUCAAAACCCUUUUCAAUCAUCGGCUGUCGUCGAACGCUAGCAGUGCUCACGAUGAGUGGUAUUCAAUUGUUGAGGGAAACUCCUCCCUGUGGCAAGCUAUUACACCUGCAAAAAAGGAGCUAAUUCGGUCCUUUUUAAACCUGCUUAAUCUUGAAAUCUUAAAGCGCGCGAGACCUCCUGCAUCUACUUUCGACUUCACAUCCGCUAGCGUGGGCAAUCUGUUCUUGACUGCUGCUAGACUUUUCAGUGGGAGCUUUGAGAGUGCUAUAUACCUCCUGGCUAGCAUAUGCUCUGUCCCUAUUGACAGUGUCCGAGUUAUCCCUGCUAUAAAUUCAAACUUUUCUCAUCAUAUAUCUGCCUCACUUGAGGAUGGAACAGUGAUCGUUGGCCAAAAUAGCAUUUCUCACCCGAGUGAGGCCUCCUUUAUACAACCCACGCCAUCUUCUAGGCGUCCUAGUUUAAUGUUAGCCGAUGGCGACGACCCAUACCUUGAGCCAGAGGACCCGCUAUAUGAAGAAAGCCAUUUACCCGGGUCCCUCCCAACACUGCGGAACAAGAACAUUCAGUUUAGCAAGUCAGUUGUUGAUGAGCUCCCCUGCCGAAUCUCCCGUGUCUGGUAUAUCAACCCCUAUGGCCAAGAAAUUAGACCACCUGCCAAUCCUCGUGUGUUAGAGGCGCUGCGCUCAUCCCAGGCGAUCAUAUAUAGCAUUGGAUCCUUAUAUACGUCCCUUAUACCUUCUAUUAUCCUUAGAGGAGUAGGUCGGUCGAUAGCUUCAGGGCCUGCACGAUAUAAGAUCCUCAUUCUCAACGGGUCCUUGGAUCGCGAAACUGGUCCCACAUCCCAGCCGUUAUCGGCAUCUGAAUUUGUUGAAGCCAUUGUACGUGCAGCAGAAGAGAGCUGUUCACAUAAACGUCGAAGUUCGAUACCAAAAGAUUCCUGUACCCCUAAACCCAGCACACCACAAAUAUCUGCUCCUAGCGAGCCGUACACAUCUUAUGUGACCCAUAUUCUGCAUCUAGACGGACCCGGCACACCGCAAGUAGAUCGCGCUCGCCUGAAUGAGAUGGGUAUUGAGUGCUUGCGGCUGUAUGGACGCAAGGUAGUGAACGAUGAGGGGUCUGUUGUAGGAAUGAAAUAUGAUCCUGCUGGGCUUGUGCAGGCACUAGAGGUUGUGUUAGGCAAGAAGGGGGAUGCUAUGGUACGGUCUGGGCUGAGUGGUGAAAGGAGCAGAAGGAAUACUAUGGAAGUAGUAGGCCGAAAGUAA